GAGUUUUUCCAGGGACUUGAAUGCCAUAUGAUCCUCACCCAGACAUUUUACAGUAAAGUGUCGAGUCUGGUGGCGCAGAGGGAAAACCAAACCCUCGAAGAAACCAUGACUUUGGCCCAAAAUGUGCUUAAACAAGCCCACAGGAGGGGGGUGGAGCUGGAAGGCAUCUUGGAGUCGUGGAGCAGGCUGAUGGAGGAUUAUCAGGCUUUGUGCAGACAGUUGGAGGCUGUGGAGUGCAGCAUCCCCACUGUGGGUCUGGUUGAAGAGACAGAAGAGAGGCUUAUUGAAAGGAUCAGUCUCUACCAGCGUCUGAAGACGAGCCUCACAGAGCAUCAGCCGCAGCUGUACCAGGUUCUGGAGGAGGGCAAGAGACUUCUCUUGUCCGUCGGCUGCUCCGACUUGGAGAACCAGCUGACCCAGCUGGGCGAUCACUGGCUCUCCUCCACCACUAAAGUCAACAAGGAGCUGCAUCGACUCGACUCCACGCUCAAACACUGGAGCAGGUACCUGAGGGAAUCUGCAGAGUUGAGCUACUGGUUGCAGUUUGCUCUCGACAGGCUGGAGUUCUGGACCACCCAGUCGGUGACAGUACCUCAGGAGCUGGAGACUGUUAGAGACCACCUGUGUGCCUUCCUGGAGUUUUCCAAAGAGGUGGAUGCCAAAUCGUCGUUGCGUUCGUCUGUGCUGAGCACGGGCAACCAGCUCCUGCGUCUGAAAAGAGUGGACACGGCCGGUCUGAGGACGGCGCAGGGCCAAAUCGACACGCAGUGGGCCGAGCUGCUCACGCGUAUCCCUGUAGUGCAAGAGAAGCUGCACCAGCUGCAAAUGGAGAAGCUGGCAUCGCGACACGCCAUCACAGAGCUGAUGAGCUGGAUCUCUCUCAUGGAGAACAUCAUAGAGGAAGAUCACAACAAAAUCAUGGGGGCUGUGGGCUCGGAGGUGGUCCAGAACUUUCUGCAGAAGUACAAGGGUUUCCGUAUAGAUCUGACCUGUAAGCAGUUGACGGUGGACUUUGUGAACCAGUCUGUGCUGCAGAUCAGCAGUCAGGAUGUGGAGGGAAAACGCAGCGACAAAACAGACUUUGCUGAGAAGCUGGGCGCUAUGAACAGAAGAUGGCAGAUACUUCAGGGGCUUAUUACUGAAAAAAUUCAGCUUUUGAAAGGACUUGUGGAAGGUUGGUUGGAGCACGAAAACGGAGUCCAGGCUUUGAAAAGCUGGCUCACGUUGCAGGAAGAGAAAUUAAAGAAGAAGCACAGGAUAGAGGACGUAGCAUCAGUGCAGAAUGCAUUAAAGGACUGUCAGGAGUUGGAGGACCUAGUGAAGGAAAAAGAGAAAGAUUUAGAGAAAGCAGAGGAAAGAGGGAAUGCUCUGAUCCAGGAUAAGAAAGGUGAAGCCUGCUCAGUUGUGAAGGAGACCCUCAAAGGACUGAACCAGUCCUGGGCUAAUUUGGACCACAUGAUAAGUCAGAUGAAGGUGAGUCUGCGGUCCAUGCUGGAGCAGUGGACUCUGUACCGGCGAGCUUCAGAAGAAAUCAAUGGCUACCUGAUGGAGGGGAGAUAUUCAGUUUCCAGACUGCGACUCCUUAACGGGUCUUUAGAGGCAGUGCAGCAGCAGGUGGAAAGUCUGGAGAACUUACAGGAGGAGAUGGAGAAGCAGGAGAGCAGUCUGAGGAAGUUUGGAUCUGUAACUCAUCAGCUGCUGACCGAAUGUCACCCAUCUGUAGCUGAAACCCUCAACAGAGCACUUCAAAAUGUUAACAUCAGGUGGAACCAUCUACUCGAACAGAUCUCAGAAGAGCUGAGGAGCAGUAAGGCCUUGUUGGGUCUGUGGCAGCGCUACAGGUCAUUGUACAGCCAGUGUUUGACGGCCGUUCAGAAACAGGAAGAGCGCGCCGAACGUCUGCUGAGGAGCGCCACUGACAGGGAGAUCACAGAGGAGGAGAGCAACGCCUGGACCAAAAACUGUGACGACUGCCUGAGCGACCAAGAUCCGGCGCAGCAGACCCUCCAGCAGCUGCAAGUGUUCGGCGAGCAGCUGAGGAGCCGAGUCGACGCCUCCUCCUCUGCCUCGCUCACGUCCGACCACCUGUCGCUCGCUCAUCGCCUAGCAGCGCUCGAGCACGCCCUCCACAGGCAGCGGGAAGCCCUGCAGCACGGAUCUCAAGCCUGCGAGGGUUUCAGGGAGCAACUAGAUGUGUUGAUAAGUAGAGCGAGGGAGGCUGAGGAAGUGCUGAAGGAGUCGGACUCAGCGGGUUCACCAGAACUCACGGURGUCCAGACACGCAUGGAAGAACUUAAGGAGCAUCUGUUGAAGCUGAGCAGUCUCACUCCAGACUUGGAGCGUGUUAAUGAGUUGAUGUACAGAUUACCAGUCAGCGACAAAGACGUUAAACGGCUCCAAAGCCUCAACAGAGCCUGGGCGUCUCACUCGGCUCACCUCACAGAGAGGUUCAGCAAACUGCAGUCAGUUCUGCUCCAGCACCAGAGUUUCCUCCAGAAGUGUGAGGCCUGGAUGGAUUUCCUGUCUCAGACUGAACAGAAACUGGCUGCWGAGAUUUCGGGCAACUUGGAGAGUUUGAUGGAGCAACAGAGAGACCACGAGUUGUUCCAGGCAGAAAUAUUCAGCAGGCAGCAGAUUCUUUACUCCAUCAUCAGCGACGGGCAUCGUUUGUUGGACUUGGGACAAGUGGACGACAGCGAUGACUUCAGCGUGAAACUGGCCUUGCUGAGCAAUCAGUGGCAGUGUGUGGUGAGACGGGCGCAGCAGCGGAGAGGCAUCAUCGACAGUCUGGUGCACCAGUGGCAGAACUACAGGGAGAUGUCAGAAAAGCUGCGGCAUUGGCUGCAGGAAGUGAGUUGUGAUCCGGAYGUCCUCCAGCCAGGAGAACCAGUGGCCCUGCAGCAGGCCAGAAACGUAUUAGGUCAAAUACAGCGUCCCUUAGUAAACCUGAACCCACUCUACCCUCUGUCUCUGUCCCUGCUCCUCCAGCUGAGAGAACGAGCGCUCCAGAGGCAGCAGGGAGUCUACAUCCUGACCAUCGAGGCCGGCAGGAGCCUGCUGCUGUCAGCCGACGUGCCGUCUGAGUCCACACUGCAGACCGAGCUCAUGGAGAUACAGGAGAGGUGGAGGCACGCCCACCACCACCUGGACCAGCAGAGGAGGGAGCUGCACGGCUUGCUUAAGAACUGGGAGCGAUGUGAGAAGGGCAUCAACAUGUCACUGGAGAAGCUGAGGGCCUUUAAGAGAAAGCUGUCCACACCUCUGCCUGAACAUCAUGAGGAGCUUCACUCCGAGCAAAUCAGAUGCAAGGAGCUGGAGAGCAGCGUGGAAGGUUGGACCGAUGACCUCACUUCCUUGUUCCUGCUGAGGGAUUCCUURGAGGGCGUGGUCAGUGGCGAUGACAUCACGGCCUUACAGGAACGCCUCCAGCUGCUGCAGCGCCAGUGGGAGGAGGUUUGUCACCAGCUGUCGUUGCGGCGGCAGCAGGUGAGUGAAAAGCUGAACGAGUGGGCCGUUUUCAACGAGAAGAACAAGGAGCUGUGCGAGUGGCUCACGCAGAUGGAGAGCAAAGUCUCCCAGAAUGGAGAUGUCAGCAUCGAGGAGAUGAUUAAAAAGCUGCGCAAGGACUACCAAGAGGAGAUCAGUGUCGCCCAGGAAAACAAGCAGCAGCUGCAGGUGAUGGGUGAGCGUCUGGCCAGGGCCAGCCAAGACAGCAAGGCGGCUGAGAUUCAGCACAAGCUCAGCAAAGUCAGCGAGCGCUGGCAACACCUGCUGGACCUGAUCGCAGCCAGGGUGAAAAAGUUGCGGGAGACCCUGGUGGCGGUGCAGCAGCUGGACAAGAACAUGAGCAGCCUGCGUUCCUGGCUGUCCCACAUCGAGACCGAGCUCUCCAGGCCCAUCGUCUACGACACCUGCAACAGCCAGGAGAUCCAGAGAAAACUCCACCACCAACAGGAGCUGCAGCGGGACAUAGAGAAGCACAGCACAGGCGUGGCGUCGGUGUUGAACCUGUGUGAAGUGCUGCUGCACGACUGCGACGCCUGCUCCACCGAAACGGAGUGCGACUCCAUCCAGCAGGCCACCAGAGGCCUGGACCGGCGCUGGAGGAACAUCUGCGCCAUGUCCAUGGAGAGGAGGCUCAAGAUUGAAGAGACGUGGAGGCUGUGGCAGAAGUUUCUGGAUGAUUACUCCAGGUUUGAGGAGUGGCUGAAGACCUCCGAAAAAACGGCAGCGCUGCCCAACUCCUCUGAAGUCCUGUACACCGUCGCGAAAGAGGAGCACAAGAAGUUUGAGGCCUUCCAGCGUCAGGUGCAGGAAUGUCUGACCCAGUUGGAACUCAUCAACAAGCAGUACCGCCGUCUGGCCCGGGAGAACCGGACGGACGCGGCUUACCGUCUCAAAGAAAUGGUGCAUGAUGGGAACAGGAGGUGGGAUAACCUGCAGAAAAGAGUGGCCGCCAUCCUGCGCAGACUGAAGCACUUCAUCAGUCAGAGGGAGGAGUUUGAGACGGCGCGGGACAGCAUCCUGGUGUGGCUCACAGAGAUGGACCUCCAGCUGACCAACAUCGAGCAUUUUUCUGAGUGUGACGUUCAGGCCAAAAUAAAACAGCUCCGGGCCUUCCAGCAGGAGAUCUACAUGAACACGGCAAAGAUAGAGCUGGUUUUCAGGCAGGGCGAAGCGCUGAUCGAGAAGAGCGAACCUCUGGACGCCGCCAUCAUCGAGGAGGAGUUAGAGGAGCUGCAGAGAUACUGUCAGGAGGUGUUCGGACGAGUGGACAGAUACUACAAGAAGCUCACGCGGUUGCCCCUGGCGGACGACGAGCUCGAUGGUUCAGACAGAGAGCUGGACGUGGAGGAAGGGGGAGACCUCGCUGAGAUGCAGUGGGGGGAGUCGGCCUCGCCUCGGACAUCCAGCCGCCCACCCUCAGGCGCGGCGGCCAUCAUUCGGGCCGAGCGCUCGGGUCGAGACACCCCGGCCAGCGUGGACUCCAUCCCCUUAGAGUGGGACCACGACUACGACCUGAGCAGAGACCUGGAGAGUCCUGGAGGGCGAGGGGAGCGGAGCCGAGGCCAGGAGGAGGAGGAUGAGUAUCUGAGGACGUCUGCUACAGUGCUGUCAGAUGUAGUUAUCCCAGAGAGCCCAGAGGCCUAUAUAAAACUGACUGAGAACACUUUGAAAUCCUCCUCUGGUGAGCCGGGUCAACUGGAGGCCAGUCUGAGGCAGCUGGAUCAGGCUCUGGACGCAGGGCGCUUCCACCUCCAGCAGAGAGAGGCCGCCGCCGCCGCCAACCGCUCCAGCCCCGACGUCGACUCCACCUACAUGGGCUACAUGCGUCUGAUGGGAGACUGUCGCGGCAGCAUCGACGCAGCAAAGAGAGCGGAGGAAGAGCUGACCGAAGACGAGGACGACAUGACGGGACUCGGCAACCCCGCCGGCACAGACGCGCAGAACGCAGGUGUGAUUGAGCGCUGGGAGCUGGUGCAGGCUCAGUCUCUCAGUGAGAAACACAGGCACAAACAGAACCUGCAGCAGUGGCAGCAGCUGAUCUCAGACCUGCAGACCACGAGGGCGUGGCUGGGCCAGUCGGAGGCGGAGCUGAGCCGAGCGCGAGGGCUGGACGUCAGCACCAACAUCCACAGCAUCCAGCAGAGGAUCAAGAAGCUCAAGGAGCUGCAGAGGGGAAUGGAAGCUCACAAGUCCGAGGUCCUCUCCAUAAACCUGAGCAGCGCGGACUUCCUCCAAUCGGAGCCCGACUCUGAGGAGGCCUGGGAGCUGCGGGACCGGCUGAAGGAGAUGAACUCGCGCUGGGAUCGACUGGGCGUCUCGCUGGAGGACUGGCGAGAGGAGCUGCAGAGGGCGCUGAUGCAGUGCCAGGAGUUUCAUGAGCUGAGCCACGGUCUGCUGCUGUGGUUGGAGAACAUCGACCGCAGGAGGAACGAGGUGGUGCCCGUCCCUCUGAAAGCCGACCGGGAAACGCUACGAGCUCAUCACAGAACACUGACGCAAAUCAAAUGCGAGCUGCUGGACUCGCAGCAGAAAGCCUCGUCCCUGCAGGAGCUGUCGGCACAGCUGCUGGUCAGCACCAAACCUUCGGGCCUGCGCUCGCCGGAGCAGACGUGGGCUCAGAGCAGCCAGUGCCUGGAGGCCCGCGAGAAGGUCCACGUGAUCUGGAACAGGCUGAAGCUUCUUCAGAGGGAGGUUGGCUCAGACCUGGAGGGGCUGGAGAUGAGACUGGAAGCCCUGGACAGGCCUCAGCAGGGUUGCCUAUCAGGAUUAACAGGAAAACUAGAAAUCUGCGGAUCCACAAGUCCUGAAACAGAGAAGACCGUCCAAAACCGCAAACAAUCGCCCCGAGCCAAAAGUAGUCAGGCCCACCCAGGACCCCCUGAGAGCGGCUCGCGCCACAGCCGGAGCACAUCACCAGGCGCCGCUGGCUGCGUUUCCUCCCGUUCUGAGCUUCCCGGCGGCGCCUCCUCCUCCUCCUCCUCCUCCUCAAAGCACCAGUCCUUCCUGCUUCGAGUCUUCAGGGCCGCGCUCCCCGUCCACUUGCUCCUCCUGCUCCUCAUCGGCCUGGCCUGCCUGGUGCCCAUGACGGAGGAGGACUACAGCUGCCACCACGCCAACAACUUCGCCCGCUCCUUCCACCCGAUGCUGCGCUACACCAACGGACCUCCGCCCGUAUGAGCCGCGGGGGGCGGGGAGACAGACUUCCUCUGACUCUGCGUUAACGUUGCACAUCCUCUCUCACAUUAACCCUUUAAAGAAACACUCACCGUAGACGGAGCUUCACCUCCUCCUCCUCAGUCCAAAUAUUUCUUGUUUUAACUUAAAUGUGUAUAUUUUUAAUGUUUCUGACAAAACGUGUGAAAUGGCAAAAAAAAAACUAUUUAUAAUAUUUAUGUUGGGAGCCAAAGUCAGCUGUGCUUUUCGUCCAUGAUAUAUCCAGUGCUGCUAGUAUUAUUUAAUGUUCAAUCAGCUAAUGUGUUGUUAGCACUGAUUAGGCUAAAGCCCCACCAUGAGUGGAUGGAUGGAUGGAUGGAUGGAUGGAUGGAUGGAUGGAUGGAUGGAUGGAUGGAUGGAUGGAUGGAUGGAUGGAUGGAUGAGGAUGGGGGGUAUUGUUCCUGUAAUCUUUAGAGUAGACUUGCAGUUUGAGUAGCAAUCAUUAACAGUCUCUGGGUGUGAAGAGUUUCAUUCCAAAAUGACACAUUUGAAGAUCUGCUCAGACAAAAAAAAGUGACUGAAAUGACACAAAAACCCUUCUGAAUGAGCUGUAGCUUUUUUAUAUAUAUAUUUUAAAAAAAGCCUGCCUGAGUUUAAAAUGAAGUGAUGAUAAAGAAAAGAAAACAACUGAACUCUUAGCACUGAUAAAGGUACGGCACUAAAGCCCUCCGGACUUCCUUCCACUAAAGCCACGGCUUCGUUUUGUGUGUUUAUUUUAUUUUAUUUUAAUAUUUAGUAUUUAACUAUUUAAAAAA